GCCAUAUUGCAGUGAUAACCGCGCGGCGGGCGGACGAGAAUCGAGGCCGGUGCGUGGGCCGCCCCCCGCCCGCGCCAGGUGCCGCUCCGGACCGCGCCGGUCUCGACUCCUCCCGUGGAUUCGCGCGCCCGAAAUUCGGUGAAUCCGGCGUGAUUUAGUGUGACAGUGAGCCGGCCUGCGCGGUUUCGGUGCGGCACGAGCGAGGAGCUCAGUGUUGUGUGUGGGGCCCGUCGAGGCCCGAGUGCCCUUGUGUGAUGUGUGUGGGACCGGGGAUCGACCGCCUCGUACAGGUGGGGACGAUGAGGGAACAGGAAGGCGACGGCCCCGAGAGCCGUUAGCCGGACUCGAUGGACGAGUAUGGCGGGCCGGCGGCGCCGCCCCGGCCGCCCAAGCCGGCGGCGCGCGUGCACCGAGCGGGCGCGCGCCAGCCGGCCGUCUCCCUGCUGCGGCCUCGUCCGGAGGCCGAGCGCGAACGGAACGCCUACGUGGAGACCCCCCACGCGCCGCACGCGCCGCCGCCGCAGCCGCCGCACCGGCACGCCGCGCUGCCGCUCAAGCCGGUGACGGCGCAGCCCGGCGGCGACAAGCGGCGCGCGCCCCAGCCCGACUCGAUCGUGUGCGAGCGCUGCGGGCGCUGCCGCUGCGACGAGUGCGCGCGGCCGCGGCCGCUGCCGUCGCGCUGGCUGUGCGGCUCGUGUCUGUGCAGCGCGGAGGCGUGCGUGGACUACGCGUCGUGCAUGUGCUGCGCCAAGGCGCUGUUCUACCACUGCGGGAGCGGCGAGGAGGAGGCGGCGGCGCCGUGCGCGUGCGGGCCGCGGCUGGCGUGCGUGGCGGCGCUGGCGGUGCCUCUGCCGUGCCUGUGGCUGUACUGGCCGCUGCGCGCGUGCGCGGCGGCGGGCGCGGCCGCGUACGCGCGCCUCAGCCGCGCCGGCUGCCGCUGCGCCCGGCCGCCGCUGCCCAGUAUUAUCUAGUCCCGCGCCCGCGAUGUACAAAUAUUUAUUGGCGAGCGGAGAGGCUCGAGAGUCGAGUGAGUGCCGUGAGUGGCGCGCGGGGCCCGGACCCCGCCCCGCGCCGAGUGAUCGUCUCGUUGUAAAUAUAGUCGUAUAGUGUGAAUGUACGUGAACGUGUCGCCCGAACGCCGAAAGUCUCAAAUUUUCUUGAGACCGAAACGUGUCAUAAAACGCUAACGUUAGUAUUUUGGAUUCCGCGCGAGUCCGGAGAAGAUUAAGAAAUGAGAUAUAAAACAUACUUAUUAAGAUGUAGAUAAUUUACCAUUUAUUUAUUAACUGAAUUUGUAUUUAUUUGUAAAUAAAACGACAACAACAUUAUAUUAUAAAUACGAAU